AUGAGUGGGGGUCUGCGGAGCGCAGCAGCCCCAGUGAAAGCGCGUCUAAUGCGCUAUUUAGCGGAAGUCCCGCCAACAUUAGUACUUCAACAAUCGGAUCAGAUAAGUCCAGAACAGCAGCUAGUGCUCUAUGAGGAACACCUACAGUUACUCGAUCGCGCGCAAUUUCGCAUACAGUCCACUGUAGAAACGCUGUCAUCGUAUGAACAGCAGUGGGUCGAAAUAAUAGCAAGAAACCCCGACUUGGCUCCAGCAGAAGAAGCGUUGUGGGAACAGCAUGCGACGGGGGAUGGCUUCCUCGCGGUCCUAAACCUAGGAAGAGAGCAGCUAACAGAAUUAAUGCUACGUAUACAAGCCAUAAAGCGAGCGAUCGAUCAUCUUUCGAUGAAUUCGUCGCAACCAUUGCAGCAGAAGGGUGUCGGAAGCCCACCAUUUUUGGAAGGGUCGCAUGUUCGCCUUCCAAAACUCGAAUUGCAGACCUUUCAUGGGGACCCCAAGGCAUGGCCAGUAUUCUGGGACUGGUUUGAUGCAACUAUAAAUCAGCAACAGAUCCCGGACAUUCAAAAAUUAAGCUAUCUGAAAGAGUGUAUGCGUGGGCGCGCUCAAGUACUAGUAUCGGCGUACAGCUUACAUUCACAAUCAUAUGAAACAGUAUUGAAGCGUCUUAAAGAGCAGUAUGGGGAUAAAGAAAUCAUUGUACAAGAGCUGUAUGACGCUUUGGAGAGUCUCCCUAGUGUACAUGAAGGCACGCAGCUGCGUUCUUUGGUCGAGGAUUUGGAACGCAUUUUGGAGCUCCUUUGUCAUCAGGGCGAAGAUGUAAACAAUCGGAUGAUUCAAAGGGCAAUUGAGAACAAGCUGCCGAAAUGGAUUCUUUUGGAAUUUGAAAGACAAAAAACUACUGUUCAAAACUGGAAUGUAGCAUCAAUCAGAAAAUCCUUAGCAACGUUAGCUCUGAGCUACGACACUGUAUUUCGCACCUUGAGAAAAAGAAGUGAUCAUGCUGAUAUGCACAGAGAGAAACAAUACAGUCGUAGCAGACAGGAAGGGCCGAAAAAAGUAAACAGCUUAAAUACAUUUACUACGAUGCCGUUGCAAUCAAGCAACACUCAAAAGCCUAGGAAACCACAGCGGUGUUGUGAACUUUGUUCACAGUCACAUUGGGCAAGCCAGUGUACUUCAUAUCCAAGCGUCGAUAGUAGAAUGGAACGUUGCCGAGUUCUUCGUUUGUGUUACCGCUGCUUGGUAAAAGGCCACCGAGCAUCCCUGUGCGAUAGUCGAAAUAAAUGUUUCUAUUGCUCACAUCCAAAUCAUCACAGCUGUUUAUGUCGCCGAAGGGAUCACAAGAUAGCACAGGUCACUGCGGCAAAUAAUGCACCACAAAUGAAUAAACGCCAUGAAACACUUGAUAGAAGCAGUCCUGUAGAACAAACAGCUGCUGCUUCUACUAUUACGGUGAUGCAACCAGCUAAUAGAACGAGUAUUCUGCUUUGCUGCGUAGAGGCCGAAGUUUGUAAUCCAAAGAACACGGACAUACGUACAGAAGCUCUUACCUUCAUUGAUCCUGGUAGCCAGCGUUCGUUUAUAACGCAGGCGUUAGUUGAUAAAUUGCGUAUUCAGUGUGGUCCAGCAAAAGAACUUCACUUGGUGGGUCUUGCGGAACGGGAACCUCAUCGUUACACGACAAAGUUGCUACUGUUUAUAUAA